CCACGAGCCGCCACGCCGUUCAGUCGUUCAGUUCUAUUCCAGCCGAUUAAUUUUUGUUUCUAAUUUUGCACACUAUGCAAUGGGAAGGAAUUUAGCCUUGUGUUUAAAUAACUAACAACCAGAACAGAAAGAUUUUUUUAUUUGGUUCGUGUUCCCGUUUUUUUUUUGUUUUACAUACCAAACAACUGGAUAUUUAUUUACAAUCAUAAUUCAUCUAUACCUUACAAUUAUUCUUAUUUUGAAUAAAUUGAGAACAACAUAUAAUCUUUGAAGAUGUUGAAACUACGAAACAUCAUUAGCACGGGGAAUGUUAAUGCUUUGCGUUCCAUUUCGACCACAGCACCACUUGGUGAAUCAGAUUCAUGGUUUUCCAAAUUGCUGGUGCGAAAAAUUGAACCAACAAAAGAAUCGCACAGUCGUAUGCUUAGUGACAAAGAGAUCAUCUAUGCCUUGCACACGCACAAUGUCCGUCCAGAUUCCAUGGCAGAAUACCUAACCAACUACAAAACAACCGUAGAAUUAAUACGCGACAAAAAGGCCAAUUUAUCACAAAAAUUGGUGGCCUCAUGGACAGUUCAAGUGGGCGAUAUGGAUCAAUGUGUCCAUUUGUGGAAGUAUACAGGAGGAUUUGAGAAAAUUGAUCAAGCCAAAGAAGAUUUAUGGCAUGAUCCGGAAUACUUGGGUUUAAUGAAAGAUCGUUCUAAAUUUUUAAGAUCACGCCAUUUGCAAUAUUUAUUGCCUUUCAGUUAUUGGCCACAAAUUGAAAGUCGUACCGGAGGAAACAUUUACGAAAUGCGUUCAUAUCGUUUGAAACCUGGUACCAUGAUUGAAUGGGGAAACAACUGGGCUCGUGCCAUAAAUUUCCGAAAAAAUAAUAAUGAAGCAUUUGCUGGAUUUUUCUCGCAAAUUGGUCGCCUUUACAAUGUCCAUCAUAUUUGGUGUUAUAAAUCUUUGCAAGAACGUAAGGAAACUCGUGAGCAAGCUUGGCGUUCACCCGGCUGGGAUGAAUGUGUCGCCUAUACCGUCCCUUUGAUUAGAGAAAUGCAUUGUCGUAUUCUGGCACCAACCGUGUUUUCUCCAACUCAGUAACCCAGUCGGUUUGAUCUUUGGCUCUUCUACAUAUAUAGCCUUACGCACAUAGUUACAAACAUAAUGUUUUACAUUGUGAUUGGAGCUUCAACGAAAACUGCACAUAUUUUUUUACUAUUUUUCAGUUUCUUACAAUAAUUUAUAGCUUUGAGAAAUAAUUGUUAUCAUAUAUACCUAAAAAAACGACAAAAAGAAACGAUAAAAUCUUGUUGAAUACUUUAAGAACUUUUAAAAAGAAUGUUAAAUAUGAAACUGUUAUAUAUUUAAGAUAAAAAAUUAUUUGAUAAUAAAACUGUAAAACAGCAUUUAUAUAAAAUAAAGUAAGCAAAUAUUUUUUAAAAUUAUAAAAA